UUUCAUGAAAAACUAGAAGUUUUAUUAGCUAAGCUUGAAGAUUAUUGUAUGAAAAAAUAUCCUUAUACUGAAUCAAUUGUCAAGCAAUUUAAAACCAAUAUAUUAGAUUAUUGGAAUUUUACAAAAGGAUAUUCUAAGGAGUU